AUAAAUUGAGCUAAACUGAGUCGUUGUUAAUGUGCAAUAUACUUUAAAAAGUUACUUGCUUGAGAAAAUAGUUAUCCUCAGAGUGAAAUGGCAUCAGGUGCAGGUCCAACAGACGGCCAGAUCAGAGACACUAUCAGGAAGCAACUGAAUACAGACAAGAUUAAGCUAUGGCUCCAGCCUUACACAUUAGAGAAUGGACAGAAAGGGGAAACCCCAGAGGACCUCACAACUAGAUUGGCAUCAAAUUUAAACCUCCCAAAGGAAAUUGUUACCGCAACUCUGGAAGAACUCAGACAGCAUGCAGUUGACAAGCUAGCAGCUCGUAAGAAGUUCCAGGAAGAUGGCAUUACCAGUUUGAAGGUCAAGUUGACAGGGAGUAUCCCUACCAACAUUAGCAGAACAGGAUUCAACCUGGAGACAAAGCUUGAUGUUAGCAGCACAGCUCUUAAACAGAUGAUAAGUCAGCAGACUUCUCUUGGUGUGGAUUACCUCAAGCUGAUCAGCUGCGGUCAAGUCUUGGAUGAUACCAAAACCCUUCAAGAACUAGGACUAGGCCAGCAAUCACAGGUGAUGGUGAUUUGCCUGUCAGAGAGUGAGGUAGAAGCAAGGAGACAGGAGGACCAACGUCAUCGUCUAGAAAGGACCAAGGAAGCAGCCAAGAUCCUUGCCACAAGAAACUCAGAAGACCGCAUAGGUCGAGAAGAUGACCGGUACUUUCUCCAGAUUGCGGACCACACCGGGCGUGCCAUCAAGCUGCCGGAUGAAGAAAGACAAGCCCUCUCCGUUGCGUUGACGCUCAACGAGAAGGGACGGGCGUGUUUAAAGAGAAAGCAGCAUGGAGAAGGUCUGCUCAUUCUACUCGAGGCUGACCAUGCUUUUAGGCAAUGUCGAUCAGAGAUUUUGGAGGCAGUAGACAACUAUGCUGUGCUGUGUUUGGACAUUGUAUGGUGUUAUCUAAGUCUUCAAAACGUUGACCAGCUACCUGAUGCAGAGUCUAGACUGAGGAUGUGUGAGGAAUGCUUCAACCGUAGCUAUGGAGCAAACAUGGAGAGAUUGAUGGCAUUGAAAGGUGACAAUAGCAGAGAGUUGGCACUCUAUGUGAGGCUCUACUUACUACAGGGAAUUGUUGCUGUUCUGAAAAAUGACUUUAGACAGGGAAAGACCCUUCUUGAAAAGGCAGAGAGGGUCCUCAAUUCCCUGCAGGUGGAUGAAACUAAACUGAUGCAGCUGAUGUCCAUGGGGUACGAGAUGUCCGAGGCUAGGCUAGGACUGAGAGCAGCCACUGGAAACGUGUCCCAUGCCAUCACCAAAAUCCUUGAACGGAGAGACAGAAGGAAGGAGAUAGCAGAGAAGGAGAAGGAAGAACGCAGACAGAAGACAAUACAGAGGAGACUUGGCAAGACUACUGAUGGAAGCUGACAGGUAAGCUGGAUACAUGUGAGCUUUCCUGGAGAGCAGGGCAACGAUGGACCAAUACCAGCUUGCAGAAAUGUAGGAACCUUGUGGAAAAUUGUGAACUUUCAUUAGCAGAUUUCUUUUUGACGAUGUGAAGAUUGCUGUACAGUAAAGGGAUGGACAACUUUAAUAGUAAUGCGAAUGUAAUGUCAUUUCCUCCAUUUUACCCAUAGAUUCUAUAUGUACCUUAAGUAUUCACUUUUAUGUUUUGAAACAGAUAUUUAAUCUGAAGGUAUAAUCCAUUCUGACUCUUGAAAUAAUACCGGUCAAUCAUCAAUUAAAGUCAGACUCUUUUUUUUGUGCAAAUUCAUGUUUGUGCAUCAACUGUGCCACAGUAGAUACGGGACCCACUGUUUGCACAUACAAAUGUACACUGCAGUAGCUUGUAAUAAAGAUUAGUUUAUUGCAGAAGACUCAAUAAAAGCAGUUUCGCAACUUUCCAGAAA